AUGUAUCUCAGCAGGUUUGGGCUAUUGGCCCUCGGAGCAGCUGCUGUUAAUGCUUUCAGAGAUACCUCGCCUUUUUUCCUAGCCUCAACUUCUGAGGUCCUGACGAACUCCGCUUAUAUCCAGUCUGGGGCUUCACUCCUUGAGAACCUAUACUCAUCUCUCACUACCUGUCCCUCCGAUUAUUAUGUCGUUGUGUAUCAGCCCGGUGUGCACAGCUCCGACUUCUCGACGCGCAAGUCGGCACCCCGCUUGGGUGCGAAGGUGCUCGGGAAAGACAGGUCGAUCAGAUCUAAAAUGAGCGUCAACGAGGUUGCUGGCUCAAUAGACCCCAAAGAGAUCAAGAGCUUUUUGGAGGAGAAGUGCAAGGCCCAGACUACUGCUGUGGACGCUGUUUCUGGAUCGUACCCAUCAUACUUUGAACAUGGCCCCCGAAUCAUCGAUGUUGAAUUCCCCAUGCUAUCGCUCGGCUCGGACCGUGCACAGCAGCUUUCUGGAUUCGAUGGCUUCCUUGCCGAUGUCGUUGAUCGAAUUCCUUCCUCCUCAAAGUAUACCAUUCUUUACAUCACCUCGCCAAGAGAGUUCCCAGAGACAGACUCCGUUAUCUACGAAGCCUCCGAGGAUUCAUACCAAGAGACAAUCCACAUGGGUCUGAAGCGUGACUACUCCGCCCAUGGUAGUACUUCAGCCCCAUCAAAUAAGUCCACUUCCCUUUUCGGAGAGUAUCAAUACUUCACUCCAGGAAUUUUCAUGGGCCUUAUGGCUACCUUCUUAUUCCUCGCAAUCUUGUACAUUGGCAUCAAUGCCCUGAGCAGUCUCGAGAUUCCUUAUGCUGCAUUUGAGAAGGACACCUCAGCUGCUGUGCAAAAGAAAGCACAGUAA